CAAAUGUAGUGUCGACCCAUUUUUUGGUUGCGACCUUAUUAAUAGGUCAUGCACUGACACACUGGUGGAUCAUUAAGUUCCAAGUCAGUUAGAGCUUAUCGACGCCACUGAGCAGGACGGGUAAAGUUUGGAACUGGUUGUCUCAACGAAAAUCGGAUUAUGAGUCUCGUUACACGUCUAAGGUAUGGAUUGCCAUCAUGCAUCUCGCUGAGAAACCUGUUGCGGACUGACAUGAUUGCUAAAUCCAAUGUCAGUUCAAAUAGGCGAUGGACUCACUCGGAACCAUGGCAUAUCGACAACAUGCCCGAGCUUAUCAGACUCAGGAACGGAGAAAAGGCCAAGGGCACUUUUUCUAAAGCGGAAAUGGAUGGAAGGAUCAGCAAACUUCGCAAUGUAAUGGCAAAUGAAAGCAUUGAGGGCGUGCUGUUUACUUCAAUUCAUAAUGUCAAUUAUUACUCUGACUUCUUAUAUUGCGAGUUUGGACGGCCAUAUGGCUUAGUUGUGACGCAGGAUAAAGUUCUUUCAAUUUCUGCUAACAUCGAUUAUGGAUAUCCCUGGCGUUGGACUGCGAACGGUGAUAACUUAGUUUACACAGACUGGCAACGUGACAACUUUUAUAAAGGUGUAAAUCAAGAGCUCGGCCAAUUUAAAGGAAAAAUUGGUUGUGAAUUCGACCACAUAAAUUUAGACAAGUACAAAAAACUUCAAAAUGCUUUACCAGGUAGCACGUUGGUGGAUGUCGGAGAGUCGACAAUGUACCUGCGUAUGAUAAAAUCUGAUGAAGAGAUAGCCCACAUCACAGAAGGUGCUCGGAUUGCCGACAUUGGCGGUGAAGCAGUAAUUGAGGCGCUUGAAGAGGGUGUUGGCGAACAUGAGAUAGCUCUCCACGCUACUCAGGCUAUGGUGAGGGAAAUUGCGAAAAGUCGGCCAAAUAUGACGCUUCAGGAUACGUGGACGUGGAUCCAGUCAGGAAUAAACAGUGAUGGUGCCCACAAUCCAGUUACCAGUCGAAAAGUGCAGAAAGGUGAUGUCUGCACCAUGAAUUGUUUCCCUAUGAUGGCAGGAUAUUACACAGCUUUAGAGCGAAGUGUAUUCCUAGACCAUGUAUCAGAUGACUCCCUACGCAUAUGGAAGGCCAACUGCGAGGUUCAUGAGGCCGGCAUGAAACUCAUCAAGCCUGGAAUCAAGUGCAAAGAAAUAGCGCAUGAGAUGAACACCAUUUACGAAAAGCACAACAUCUUGCAUUAUCGUACAUUCGGGUAUGGCCAUUCAUUUGGUGUACUGUCUCACUACUACGGACGGGAAGCAGCUCUUGAAAUUCGUGAAGAUAUUGAAACUGUUUUAAAACCAAAUAUGGUAGUGUCCAUUGAGCCAAUGGUCACGCUGCCACAAGGACAACCUGGUGCAGGAGGCUAUCGCGAGCACAACAUACUUGUUGUCACCGAAGAGGGCGCAAGAAACAUUACUCAUUUUCCAUACGGACCAGAACACUUGAUUGUAAAGAAGUGAAUAGUGCCAAGCAAAUUUGAUUGACAAAUUUGACUGAAUGUGCACUUACCACCUAUGAAUUUUGCUACUAAAUAAUAAAUGAUAUUAAUAGAUG